GAAGACAAGCCUCCGAGUAUAUGCUGAGGUUUAGAGUCAGUUGGAGGGUCAUGGGAAAUUGACAAGGAAUGAGGCCGAAACCCUCAACGAAGAGCACGCGGCCGUCUUCACAUUUGUGAGCCUCCAGGCCUCCGAGCCUCCGAUCAGCGAGCUAGAGAUCGUUCCAGAGCUGCGCAUCGAGAGAGACGAUCUUGGAAGCGCAGCAUCGGCAUUCGAUUGUGCGACCAGAGAGCAGGGAGCUGUGAAUCCAUUGGGACUAUGUCUGUAGUGCAAAGUCUACGAAGAGCUGCGGCUCCGCUGAGAAGCUGCGCCGUGCGGUAUCUCGGAGGGGCUGCUCCGUGCGGCAGAAAAUUUGCAGUUGAUGCUGCUGCUCUCGAUCUCAAGGCGACGCAAUGCUUCCUUCCGCGCAUGUUCUCUGCGGACUCAGACAGUGGCAUUUUAUCCCAUCCUGAGCCUUCAGCCGAUCAAGGCCCUCCUCAGCCGACCCCUUUUUCGCCUCCGAAUCCUGCUGCCAGGUUAAUUCUUCGAAGAAGCGGUGAUCCCAUUGAUAUCGGGCCCGAUGCGUCAGCUGCUUCUUAUUCUUCUGCGAAUGGAUCUCAAAAGAUAUCCGCCCGAGUUGCGAAUGCACCGAAGUUCAUGUUCAAGAGUGACCUGCUUUGGUUUCUGAAGGGAUGUAAUUUGAGACCUGAGGACAUGACCAUCAUGUACGACUUGAGAUACCGGCCAAAAUAUGUUCAGGUCGACUUCACUUCAGUAGAAAGCUUCCGGCUUGCUCAAAGAACCCUGGCAAUGAAGGGCCGCUUGGGAGGUCGCUACUUGAAGUUGACUCGGGAGGAUCCUAUGAUGGACGACAUAAACCUUGGUCUGAAGCAAUUUCGCGGUCGAUCAUUGCUGAUGCAGAAGAUUCCCGGGGCUCUUGUGACUGAAGAUGUGGAGCGUUUUUUUUCUGGCUUUGUGCUUGAUGGGAAUUUUCCGGUCAAGUUUUUGCGAACGCUUACUGCUGGAGGAAAAAGGUCUCCCGUAGGGCCUUCGAAGAAUGAAUAUGAAUUGAGGGCUCUAGUACGUUUUAGAAACGAGUCAGAGGCACUCCGAGCGUUAAGGGAAAAGCAAGGAUCAUUCUGUAUGGAAAAAGCGGUGGAUCUGCGAUUUAUGGAGUAGCGUGACUGCUGUCAAGAGUCGUACAUUCUCCAGAGGACCUCGACCAGCAUGAAUCCUUUCACAAACCAGAACAGCUGACUCGCUUACUUUAAGAUGACAUUGGAGUCGCGCUCACUGCUGUAUAUGAUGAUGGAAGGACAGAGACGAAUUUCAGCUGCCCAAGUCAAAUCCCGUAGAUUCCACUUGGAUCGAUUACCGUUGAUUAGCAUUAUCUCUCAGCAUGUGGGUUGAAGCGAAUUUUCCAGCAAAUCCCCGCAUAAACCAGCAUCAUCAGAACCUUGCACUUCAACAACGGGCCAGCGUGGUAGCAUGGAAGAUAGUCGACAUCAUACGGUUUAAGAAGUCGUUUACUGGCUUUCAAGAAGAGGAGCAUAGUCAAACUUAUGUACCGAUCAGGCCUAAUCCAAAAUGGGACGAGGGGGUCGGCUUCUUUUCCACUCUGAUGAAGUCGAAGUCCAGUCGAAGUCUGAAUAAUGAAGGUGAAAAUCAUGUUACAAGUCUUACGGGAGCAUCUCCUCUUGACAGCGGUCAAUGCAUGGCAUGUCUAUCAAUUUCAUUUGAAACACCGAUACUGUUUUCCAAUCUCG